AGAUGUUUUAUUGCGAAGAGCACCACUUCACACUUUUCUCCGCGUCUCACUGCAAUCUCAACGGCAGCGGGCCAGGUGACCCCCCCCCCCCAAAAACAAAAACUCUUCGGAUCUCCACGAUUCACGUGGAUGACCUAUUUUGAGUUAAAAACGGUGAAUUUCACCGAAAGGUGACAAGUUUGCAGGUAUGUGAGCGAUGCGGCGGGACAACAGGUCCACCGGAAUUUUCCCCGCGACUCGAGGUGAAGGUCACCGAGCUGCGUGAGCCGACGGGCGAUGUCGUGUAUAAAUAUAUAAACAUGAUAUUAAUGUUAUGAACUCAAACACGAGGCGUCACGUGUUCACACGUGUGUGUGACGUCAACGAGGACGAAGCAGAACUCGUGGUGAGUUCUUCAUGGUGGAGGAAGGAAGUGAGAACUGUUUCCGCGGAGUAGACACAUAGAUAAGCCCCGCCCCCUGCUAAGCCCCGCCCCCUCACGAAUGGCGCGAAAAGCCACAAAUAGUCACGUGAGUAAAGCGUUGAGGAUAUUCGCAUCACGCAGCUUUAAGAUCUCCACUUAUGUAAACUGAUGAUACGAUCCUCUUUCUUGAUCUUCUACCUUUGAAGGAACCAAAUCAGAACCAACAGAGAUCUGGUCUUGACGGAGACGUUGAGGUUGAUUUUUCUUCUUCUUGCACACGAUCCACAAGGCGUGGAGGACUUGUGGCUCGUGUGAUGUCCUCAGAGGGGUGAGGACAUUCCCCCGGUGGGAAGGUCUCCCUUAUCAGUGCAGGUACAAUCGUCCUGCCCCCUGCCCCCCCCCUCUCUAGUCAUCGUGGAGCACAUGCAGGCGGUGAUCAUCGUGCCCACGCUGCUGCUCCUGGUGUCCGUGGUGACGCUGGUGGCCGUGUGCAUCAUGAGGUACUGCCCUCAGAGGAAGAGGACUCCGGGCUACCACCGCUCCACCCACAGGCCGAGGACCAGCCCCCGACGUCAGCUGCAGGGAGUUGAUGCGCCCCCGGGGAUAAACCCCCUGGAGCACGAAGUGCUGCCCAUGUCGGUUCAGGAAGUGCAGCAGACUGUGGUGCCGACUCUGGACGCAGUACCACGGGAGUCCACCGAGCGGCAGCGUGGAGCCUUCAGUCAGGUCACCGCCCUGCCGCAGACCUUCUCCAUUAACCCAGACGACUCCACGAGCCUCUACAGAGCACGCAUGGACAACAGGGACGUGGUCCUGAGGGUGCUGAGAGAGCGAGCAAACAGCAGCGAGAAGCAGCACUUUGUGGGUUUCGCGUCCUUCCUGUCGGGCCUGGGGCCACACCCCUUCUUACCUGAGCUGCUGGGGGUGGUGACGGUGCAGCCGCCCCCCAUGAUGGUGGUGGAGGAGCUGCAGCACAGGGACCUGUUGGGCUACCUGUGGAGAUGUCGACAGGGUAACUCGGGUGCAGAGGGUUCAUGUGAGAUGACAGAGAAGAGGAUCUUCUCCAUGGCCGAACAAGUGGCCUCAGCUCUGGUGGGUUAAACAGCUGUGUGUGUGUGUGCGUU